GACUUGCGCAUGCGCAUAUAGCGACUUGGUGGUCGCGUCCAGUGAUGACUGGGGGAUCCCGGCAAGUAACAUGUCUAAAAAGAAGCGGGAGAAUCUGGGCGUCGCUCUGGAGAUCGAUGGGCUAGAGGAGAAGCUGUCCCAGUGUCGGAGAGACCUGGAGGCCGUGAACUCCAGGCUCCACAGCCGGGAGCUGAGCCCAGAGGCCAGGAGGUCCCUGGAGAAGGAGAAAAACAGCCUGAUGAACAAAGCCUCCAACUACGAGAAGGAACUGAAGUUUCUUCGACAAGAGAACCGGAAGAACAUGCUGCUCUCUGUGGCCAUCUUUAUCCUCCUGACCCUCGUCUAUGCCUACUGGACCAUGUGAGCCUGGCACUUCCCCACAACCAACACAGGCUUCCACUUGGCCCCUUGGUCAGGACCAAGCAGGCACUUCAAGCCUCAACAGGACCAAGGUGCUGGGGUGUUCCCCUCCCAACCUAGUGUUCAAGCAUGGCUUCCUGGAGGCCCAGGCCUUGCCUCCCUGGCCUGCUGGGGGGUUCCGGGUCUCCAGAAGGACAUGGUGCUGGCCCCUCCCUUAGCCCAAGGGAGAGGCGAUAAAGAACACAAAGCUGUUCCCGUCUGCUGAGUAAAUGUCAUGGUCUGACUAGCGGGGGGGUGGGGGGUGGGGGAAGGAAGGGCAGCAGCAGCAGGGGCGGCACUCAGGAAUCAAGGAAGAAGAGAUGUUCAAGGGAAAGCUCAGGAUUACAAUUCAGAAUAGAGAAGGCCCCAGCUCGAGUGGGAAGGAAGGAGACACUGGGAAACACUUCCCAAGCCAAAUAGUGGGAGUUACUUCCAGGGCUUGGGCACUGCUGGGGUUGAGCAGCAGACAUUGUGCCACCUGUCUAUCCCCCCACCACACACUGUCAUGCCCUCCAGUCAGUGCCAUUGCUUGUAAUUAUGGCAGAAAAAAUGCAGUCUGUGCAGCGAAGGGUGGCUUGGGGACUUGAAGUGGUCAUGUGGCGAUCCCGGGGGAGUGCAGAGUUAAUCCAUCUUUGACAGGCAGGCAAGGCUGGGGAGGCGGCGAGUGGGCAGGAAGAGUCAUGGUAAUGACCAGACUUACGGUGACAGUGGCCAGUAAAUUAGGUAGAGUUUGUAGUGAGAAGUAGGGGUGGAGCUGAUCAGAGGGGGAGCUGUGGCAGGAGCAGCAAACUCAGACAUUCCCCCUUACCCUUCCACCCCCAACUCUAACUCCCAGCUUAGGAAUAAGGAGGGGAGCAGGUGGGACACUACGAGCAAGGCAGGAUGGAAGAAGGGCGUGGAUGGCCAAGAUGGAACCAAUUAAGUAGGAAAAACAAGGGAUGGAGUUGCCCAGGGAGCUAAGGCCAUACACGAAGGACUCGUGGGGCCAAAGUGAGGAAGUCCAGCAAAGUGAAGGUGGACUCUGGAGGGGCAACCAGCACCAGGGCGAUGACUAACUGGGGGAGAAACCAGCCAGGAACAGAGAGGGAGGUGCCUGCAGCAUGGGCAUCCCCCGCCCCCAGGCACAGCCCCAUGCAGGCAGAACCAGCCGUCCUUGGAGGGGAGGCGGGCUAGGGUCAGUGAAACCAUCUCUCCCUCCCUCUUUCCCCCAAGUCUAGUGACACUAAUUGGUCUGACGCCUCUGUUAUUUUAGUCACACAGACUGAUCCUGGAUUGUCACAGUGCCACCAUGGAGUGAGCUGUGUGAUUUAUGUAAGGGGGGAAGGUGCCUCUCUGCCCUCCCAGGGCUGUGGGUUCAUUCACUCUGCAGUCCCUGCUUGUAACAGGAGCUGCACAAUUUCCCCCAACUCUUCUUUGGGCCCCCUCUUGAGCAGCAAGCAGCAGCCCUGGGAGCCCUGCAGGGGCCCAAGAGCUUGGACAGGCUCCGAUUAAACAAACUCUCUUUUCUCUCCUUGCUUUGAGUAGAGCUGCCUCCCCUUCACCUCAAGCUGUUUCAUCCAGGCCAGUCUCAGAUCACAAAGCACUGAGGACAAACAGCAGCGGCCCCAACACAGAGCCACACAGGCAUUAAAAAUAUGUUUAUCUUUAAUGAUCCAAGAUUCUGCAAGACACACUGAUAAUACCCAGAAUUGGGUGGAAAUACAGCAUCUCAGCAGUGCUGCUGCCAGCCUGGGGGUGGGGAGCUGGAUGCUGGCUGAAGGACCCCCAUGGUGAAGUCGAUUCCAACCUCACGGGAGCCUCAGUGCCCUAUCUCCAUGGAAACCAGCCUGGCACUGGGAUGGGGCCCUAGGGAGCCUGCAUGAACAUCUCUGAGAGGUAUUUCCCAUUAAAAACAACCACAGGUGCCCACCCCCACCCCAAGCUACUGCCCAGCGCCCCCUCCUCUCUGCACUGUCGGCCAAGAUAAAGGAAAUGGGAGUGACCACAUAACGACAAACAAAAGCAGAUUGUACCUCCUAUUAAGGAAGAAAAAGGAAGGGAAAGGGUAGUAAGGGAGCUGCACUUUCAGCUCAGAAUUCUGCCAAGACCCUAGAGCGGCUAUGGCAGACAGCGGUGCAUGACUGCCAGAGGGCAGUGCUACCCAAACCCCUGGAGGUACCCUUUGUUACUGCUGGGGCCACUGCUGCUGUGGGGGAGAGAAAGAUGGGUCUUCAAGGCUGCUUCCUGCCAUCAUCUAGUGCUGCCCAAUGUUUGGACCAAAAGGGGAUGGGACCUAGGAUGGCUCUACAACUCCAUACUCAGUACGAAAAGAGGGCUCCCAGGAUCUCAGUGUGGUAUCAGGGACGAGACACCCACACUCCCUCCUUCCCACCCUGCUAGACUGUCAGAGCUCUGAGCUAGGAAGAACUCUAGGGAAGGCCAGGAUGAGUGGGGGAAGGAGACAAGAAAAUGGUCUCCAACUUGGCAUCAAAACAGAGUAAGUUCAAAGAAACAAAACCUUGAUUUUUUAUAACAGGUUCUCCUGGCCAGCUCACGGCAGCAGGUCUCCACCCACUCAGGGAUGGCCCAAUAAAAAGUUGGGCAAAGCAAGGGCAUGGCUACCCUCAGGGCAGUGCAUGGAACUCAGAAAAGUGAGUCUACAGGAUGCAGGAGAGAACAGCAGAGCCCACAGCUCUGCCACUCUGGUAUGUCCUCCAUCAGCCCCACGUGCCCUAGGCACUGACCUCAUACCUGCCUCAGGAGCAGCUUCCUUCAGGCUGAGUCCUGGCAGGGGAAAGUUCCCAGGCAGGUGUCCCAGAAGGAACGUGGGAGUGUUCUCUGCAGGGCCCUGCCUGAGCUCUUCAGGGGAUGGAGAGGAGGCCACCCACUCCUCAUGCCAGGUACAGUGCUCCCCAGUCCCUUUUCAAGAGGGGGAAGAAGCCAGCACUGUGGGCCCCAGGUGGCCCCAUCUCAGGAAUGACAGGGCAUUCUGCAGGGGUGGCGCAUCCUGAGGCUCUUAGGCCCUGUGCAUCUGGAUGAAGGAGAGGACAUCCUCCUUGGACAGCUUGUCCUGGUCCUGGGGCUUCUGGGAGUCAUGCACACGAAUGCCAUCCCCCCACUCCCAGAAGAGCCGGCCAUAGUAGCAGAUGCUGGGGAGGAGAGGGACAGGAAAGAGGUCAGGACUGCACCCAGAUGGCACAGGGUCACAUGUUCUUAAGGGUGUGGGGCGGAGGGGUCUGUCAAUGACUUUAGUUGAGGUUCUUCCCCCUGGCAGGCAAUAGGUACCCAGUAGGCCCUAACUAACUACCCUGCCUCCCAGAACCAACUUUUCCCAACAAACAGCUGUUGCUGCUAAUUGCACCAACUGGAUUCCUACAAUGACUGAUAUUCCUGGCUUAUCUGUCUGUGCUUCUCUAAUAUACAGUAUUAGUAGUGUGGUGACAGAAAAUGUCAGUGGCUAAUUACAGGCACAUUAGGGCUGCUGGGGAAGCCUAUGACCAACAGUCUAAUGGACACCGGGUCCUAAAGAGGGACAGCUGGGACCUUGAGUGCCAAGGGGCAGGGCUGUGGGCCCUCAGCAGUUUCCCACCAUCAGGCCAGUGUUGGAAUGUCACCGAAAUGUGGCUGCUCCAUGGGGGUGGAUAUGCUGCCCAGAUGGGCCUUCACAGCCAGGCCCGUAACCAUUAGCAGGUCCAGGCAUCAUGCUUCCCUCACCAGCUCUACCCAGGUCCAGCCAUACCUGCAGGAGGCUGCCAUCCCCACAAAGGUAUUCUCAGGCCUGUGCUCAGGGGAACCCCUGCAUGGGCAACAAUCUCAGGACCCAGGGUGUGCCCCAGGACAGCUGGCUGGCAUCCUGCAGGAGUAUUGGAGGCUGCUAAGGAGAGCAGGCUUGGAGGAGAGCUACUUACUGAAAUGGAGCAAUGGAGUCUGCAGGGAGGUCAAAAGUAGAGUCCUUGGUUUUCUUGUUGUAGAAGAACUUCUUCUUGAAGUUUUUGCUGAAUCCCAUAGUCCAGGGCUCUGAUGGGAGGAAGAGGAGAUGAAGCCCAGAAGGGACACAAAGCACUUGUGGAGGACAGGUGUGUGCCUUCCUCCACUCCUGGUGGUCCUAUUCCUGCCUCCCACCAAAAGCAAGCAGGGAAUAGCCCGUGAGGCAGUAGCCUUCAUCACCAGCCCAAAGGGGCUCCAGGAGAAUGACUAAGCGAUGGCUUCUCAAUGACCCCACCCCAGUCCUGCCAACUCUCCAUCAGGGUAACAUCUCUAGGACUUGUUAGCCAGAGCGCUCUGAAGAAAGGGGGAUGCAAAUGGACAGAAACCAAGCUUGACUUUCUGGAUCUGCUGCUGUCUACUGAGAAGGCCCUUUUCCUGCCAUGAGAACAACACGUGUGUGUGUACAAGUUGAGCUCCUCUCCCUAUUCCCUAACCAACUCCCAGGGCCCACGGAAGAACAGAAGAGGCUCAGGGAACACUGUCCCCUAACAUAUGCCUCAGAAAAAUGCCAGCCUGGCUGCUACCCACCUUAGCUGGGAGCCCUUCACUCUGGCUCAGAGGCCCAUGGGUACGAAGUGCCGGUCAUCACGCCCUGUGUAGCUGAGCUUUGGGGUGCCACUGGAGCCCUUGAUGAUCUUCAUCUCCAACCUGAUUUCCCCGAGAAGUCUGUACACCUCCUUCACCCUGCGGGUAGAGGGACAGAGACAAGACAAAGGCUUCCUGGGGGACAUUCUCAUCCAGGAGGCAGCUGGGAGGCAGGAGACUGCACCUGACCUUCGUUUCUGCCCCAGGCCCUCCCUGAAACCACCCAGCCCACCGGCAGCGAGGACGCCAAGCCUGCCACGUGGCUGUUCUACACAGACAAGCCCUGGGUUUCAGAGCUGCCAAGCAGCUCCUCAGGCCUGCGUCAGGGCAACUGGGGAGUGAAACUGGAUACUGGAAGACAGGAGGGAGAAAGAGGAAGAAAAGUCUGGCAAAGAUGUCUCUGUCAGCAUUCCCACCCCCAAGUCAUCUUCACCAUCACCAGAGGGCAGAAAACCAAGGAGUAGGCUCUUGCCCAGGUCUGUCCACAUGGAUUUUAGGCCUUCCAUAACAAGUUGCUGCUAAACAGUCCUAACAGUCCUAUUACCCACAGCGUGUGGGGAAACCCUAACAAGGAUGCGGGGCUCUUGUUUGAUGCCCACGCUCAGCUCUUGGGGGCCCUGAACAUGUCUUUGGAACUGCUAGUGGGGAAGGUUCCCAGAAAUCCAGCAACUAAACCACAAGCAAUGAAGGCAAGGUCCCCCCUGGGAGCUGUCUUUCAGGACCUAGCAGACAGGACAUUUUAAAGUGCAGACAGAAAUUCCUUUGAAACUUUCACGUGCCAUCUAUAAAGUGCAUUCUCAAUACUGGAUUUAAUUUUAACUAAGUAAAUUAAUGUUAAAAAGAACAAAAA